CAGUCCUUUCGCCUCAUUCGAUAGACCUACCGACUCGUAAUCUCAGUACCCUGCACCCUGAUCAUGGCUGCCAACCGCGAGACUUCCUCGUCAACGGGGAUCGUAUUCGCAAAGGCCAAAUCGGAAUGGGUCAUCCCGCAACGGGCGAAACCGGGUAGGAAAUCCAGCAAGGUGGCCGUCGAGCCUCAAGCCAAGCAACCCACCCCAUCCGCAACGGCGUCUGGCAGUCGAGAUGCUCAACGAGCCUUUCGAGAACGCAAGACCGAAUACGUCGCCUCCCUUGAAGCCCGUAUCGAAUCCUUCGAGAAGGGAGAGAUUCAACGAAAUGUCGCCCUUCAAUCGACGGCCCGGGCGAUGAAGGAUGAGAAUACCAAGAUCAAGGUCGAGCUCUCUCUGGUCAGAAGGGAGUUGACCGCAAAGGAGAAAGAGGUUGGGCUCAAGGACCUGGAGGUGAAGAGGUUGGAAGGGGCUCUCGUGGAGAUGAGGAAUAAGUUGGGAAGGAUGGAGAGGUUGGUUGGACAGGCGGAGACGAAAGGGUAUGAGAGGGGGAGGAAGGAUGGGAUGGUAAUAGCUUCGGGUCAGGCUUCAGGCACUUCGACUGUGACACAGGGAUCUAUGCGAGGGAGCGGAUCUCCCGUUUCUGUCGCGGCAGGACAAGACAAUGAAGACGAAGAGCUCGGACGGGAAGGCCAACAGGCCCAUCGCACUAGUAUGAUGAAUGUGGAUUCGAUGCCCCCGGUCGGCGUCCACGCGGAUCUCCCCUCCCCUCCAGCUCUCAACCGAUCUCGAUCUUCUCAACAACGCAUGACCUCUCUCCCCAGUGACGAUGACGAGAACUCUAUCUCUCGCCAAGUCGCCAUGGACAUGGCUUGCGGCUUUUGCGAAGGUAUCGAAUCCGUCUGCGUCUGCAGGAUCGUCAGGGAGACCGAACGCAACAGCAGGAACAAUAGCAAUAAUCACAGCGACAACGACCAUAUGGAUGACAUGUCGGCACAAUUCGCCCCUGGACAGGUCAUGGGGAUUGUCAACCCCGUGACCAAACAGUUGAGCCCGACUUAUCACGCCGAGAUCGCCGCCGCCGUCAAGUCCACUUCGAUCCUGGACAACCUUCCUCCGGUCGAGGCUGCUGUGCCACUUAGGCGGCGACAACGCCAGAACAACGGCACUGGCAACGGACAAGGCAAUACGGUAUUCGGAGUGAAGAAAGCUCCGAUCUUCGCCGUCUCUCCUGCAGUGCUGCAAGAUGGUCAAGGUUCACCGUUGUACAUUCCUCCGGCAGAGUGCAGUGGAGAUCCUCGAAACUGUCCGGCUUGCAAGGACGACGACUUUGGUCGGGAAUUCUGUGAAAGUCUUUCGAAAUCGAUGUGUAACAAUGAACCGGGACAUCGGUGUGAAAACUGCCCAAGCGAACAAGCCGCCAAGGCGGAGGCCUUGGCUCAGACUUCGGUCCCGCUGGCGAUCAACCGCACUCGAUCUUCCGUUACUUCAGCCUCUUCGGCUGCCGGACCCGCUCGCUCUCAAUCUCAAUCGGGCUCGGAUAAGAUCUCUAGCAGCCCGACGGAUAUAGAGGCCGAAUAUCUGGAUAUCAAGUGUUGUGGGAAUUCCAAAUUGUGCGGGACGCUCGACAAGAACUGUGGGGACGAUGAGGCUCAGCCGGGGCACGCUCAUACACAUGCGUAUGAUGGGGUGCAGGGUGAGGGCGUUGCUGGGUCUGCAAUGCCUACGGGGACGUGGGAAGAAAAGAUAUCACAGCUGGCUCCGCACGGGCACGAGGUGGAUGUGACACUCAGUGCAGACGAAGCUUGGAGGACUCUGAAGGCCCAUCCGAAUGCAAAGUUCGCUUCUUUAGCGAUGCUGGCGGAUGUCGUAGCUAGGGGAACCAAGUGUCUUGGACAACCCGCCCCUCCAACCCCUUCGCCCCGUACCGAGAAACCCGAUCCAUUCGCAACCGCAUCGAUACCGAAACCCCGGCCGAUCGAGCAAACCGUCUCCGCGGGGAGCAAGCGCAGGCGAUUCGAGGUGCACGAGUAUGCGGUCAAACAGGCUCUUGCAGUGCUCGACGCUCAUCCGAAUCACCCUCUGAAGAAGCGAAGGCUAUCGGACCUUCGAGGCACCUAGUGCUUCGGGACUCGACGGUCAUGGUGAAUGAUGGACUUCCCCCUUUUUGUACUACUGCCAGUAUUUUGGGCAAUAUAGUCGUUGAAUACCGCUAGAAAAA